AUUGGCUUCGAGCGCUUCGAGGGUUCGAGGGCUUCGAGCGCUCUGAAGUAGCAUGUUAUAGUGAAGCGGUGUUACCGGUAUAUACACUGGAGACCCGGAUUAUAUUUGGUUUAAUAAAAGACUCUGUAUUUGUAACGUCUACCAAUUUUAAUAAAAUACGUCUGUAAUUGUAGCGUCUACCAAUUUUAAUAUAUGAACAAACCACAACCGAGGCUACUUCAACGAGGGCAGAAAAGGACAGUCAAAGAUUGUACCACUCAAAGGAUCGACUCUUAUUCAUUCCAUUUUUUUUUUCCUGAGACCUUACCUCUGGAAAACUCAGAGGAUUACAAUGGAGCAGCCUGCAGAACCAAGUAAACUUCUGCCCAUUUCUCAAACUGUGUGCUUCAAAGGAACAGAUGAAAGUAACAGUGCCGAAGUAUUCUGUGAGAAAGUGACAAUUAUCCCCAGUUCAGGUCAGCAUGAGACUGGCAGCUCAAAGGUGAAAUUGAAGAAUGUCGUGGACUUCAGUUGGGAGUUGCGAUUUUAUACAGGUCAACUCCUCGCUGUUCAUGUUGGUGGGAAAUAUUUAGCAUAUGGAAUUAAAGCUGUAGGAAAAACUAAUGGCGUUGUUAGAGUGGUAAACCGGGAGAGUUCAGAGAGAUCACUUAUCAAAGGCAUAGAGGGCAUGGUUCAAGACAUAGCCUUUGCUCAUAUUCCAACAGAAGUGGUACUGGCAUGUGUGGAUGAGUAUGGAAAUCUUCUGGUUCAUCAGAUAGAAGAAACAAAAGAUAAAACGAUCUGUACGUUGCUGCUUCAUGUAGAGCAAAGCAAUACUCACACUCCUGGUAGCAAUCACAGGGUUAUAUGGUGUCCAUAUAUACCAGAAGAAGAGAACUCUGAUGUUACAUAUGAUGAUGUUGCCAAAUUGUUGGUGCUAACACAUGGUGCUAAGGCAGAAAUGUGGAAUGUAGGAAUGGUCACUGCGAAACAUGGGGUUGGUCCAUUGCAUCCAGAAAAUGUUGGGGAAGGAUAUCUGGAGAUUAAGGAACACACAGCACCCAUAAUUGAUGCUGCAUUCUCUCCAGAUGGGACUGCACUUGCAACAGCAAGUUUGGAUGGAGAUGUCAAGUUUUUCCAAGUGUACAUGCACAAUGACACCAAACCACGAUGUCUUCAUCAGUGGCAGCCACAUGCUGGAAAACCUCUCUCCUCCCUUUUCUUCUUAGAUAAUCAUAAGACAUACAACCCAGAAGUGCAGUUUUGGAAGUUUGCAAUAACAGGUGCAGAAAAUAACUCUGAAUUGAAGAUCUGGUCAUGUGAGUCCUGGACUUGCCUUCAGACCAUCAAGUUCACUCGAGAAGCAGGAAACAAAAGCAUUGUCUUGAAAGCUGGGUUGGAUCUAGGAGCUGGUUAUUUGCUUCUGUCAGAUAUAAACUAUAAGUUGCUGUAUGUCCUCCAGUUACACAAGGAUCCAUCAGAGACACAGGCUUAUAUUUGCUCUGUCUCAGAGUUCCUGCUGCCAUAUCCUAUCUUGAGUUUUGGAAUUGUUGAUGCUGGGCUCAGAAAGUUCAAGAGCAACAGUCUGGAGGAUUUAUGCAAUGAGGAUGGUGAUGACGAGCCACUGCAGUUUGUUCAGGCUGUGGUUGUACGGAUGUACUUGGUUCAACCAAAGUCUCUUCAGGAAUGCCACAUCACCUUUCAGCCACCAGUACCACUAGGAGACAUGGAUCAGAAGCUUAGUACCUUGUCACAUGAUUCUCUAAUGUUUAGAGAGGGGUUGUCAGACUUAUCUACAAAUGCACUAAGUACAUCAGUGGCGGAGUUAGAUGCUAUUGUAUCCGAUCUUCCAGCUAAUCAUAUGUCUGACAUUCAGCAACCAGCAAAUCUCAACUCUCAACAGCAACAAGAACAGCAGCAACUCAAUCUUAUGACUCCGGAUGCAUUUAGUUCUCCUGCAAAGAAGGACAGUCCCACAGACCUACGGAGUCCACAGAUAUCUCGUCAUGUGGAUACAUCACAGCACAUGACCAGGAUCUUAGAAGGUUCUAUUUCUGGAUCCCCUACUAUCAUCAGUGCUAUAGCAUCAUCACCUCUGGAUGAUGUUAUGUCUCUUGCAGGGGGUCAGGCUAAGGUUGUUCCAGGAGUGGAUCAACCCCUGGCUACAUCAGAGCUUCAGGAAGUUGUUGCAUUUCAGAAGGAAGGCUUUGCCAGUGGGGGAAGCAGUCCUAGUCGUGAGGUCCAGGAGAUUUUGUCAUUGAAAGGUUCAGACCAUCAUAAUCAUAGUUACUAUGAUGACAAGAACAUUACUGAGAUUGCUGAAACAAAAAUUGAGACUCAAGCAGCACCAACAGCAGCAACAGAAAAUUGUCAGUUUGAUGCACUGGUGAAAGAGAAGGAUGUGACGAACAUGAAACCAAGCAGACCUGAAGCUGAUGGUUGGCCACAAAUUCCUAUCAGUUUGGUCAGUCAGUUUGGUAAAUCAGAAGAGAAUCAAACCAAGAGGAAUGUACCACUAUUCCAAGAUGAAGCUGUUGGGCAAAAUGGAGACAGUUUUCAGCACAGCCUGUGGAACAAAAACCAGAAACUGGAGAACUCUAUUACUGUACUGGACCAUAAAAUCAGUUCUAUUUGUGAGAUACUACAACAGCAACAGCUGGAAAUCAAGAAAUUGUAUGAAGUAUGUACUGUCCAUCGUGCUGAACACAGGGAUCAUAAUUCUCCAUCACUUAGUCCACGGAUUGAGUCAGUAAUUAUGUCACAGCUUGACAAAGCACUAUUGAAACAUCAACAGCAGCAGGGGGUUUUGUUGGAGGAAUUGCUGCUACAGAGCAAUGACAAAGAACAGAAGAGACAAGAGGCUAUCAUGUCUGCCAUUUCACAGGCUGUUGGUAACUUGGUUACAGCGAAACUUGAAGACAUUGUCACAGCUGAGAUUAAGAAUGGCAUCAUACCAGCUUUAGUUUCAACAGUGGAACCACUGAAGCACCAGCUUCAUGUAGAGAUGACGCAGAAACUGACAGCUACUGAUCAUCUACUGAAGGAAAAUAUAGCAAAGCUAGUUCAUAGUAAGUCUGUGAUGGAGGUGCUGAGUAACUCCAUAGUGACUGCACUUCAGCCAACCGUGCACCACACAUACAAGGAGGCAUUCACCACUCUUGUGAUGCCAUCUUUUGAAAAGUCCUGCCAGUCCAUGUUUCAUCAAAUCAAUGAAUCAUUCUCCAAAGGAACAAAAGAGUAUAUUCAAACUCUGGAAAGUUAUUUUGACAAGCAGCGACGACAGCAAGAAAAGGGGCGAGAUAUGAUCAGCCAAAUACAGGCCUUGUCUGAUUCGUUGCGCACAAACAUUGAACGUCUUACUUCCGCCAUACAAGAGGAGGUGCAGUCACAAGUUAAGGAGGGACUUACAAGCAUUCAGGACAGUUUGAACAAGACUGUUUGUGAGACAAUAAAGGAACAUAUAGCCAAAGGUUUCCGGGGACAACAAGAUGUUAUUCAGAACAGUGUGAUCACCGCAGUGCGAUCACGUGCUGUGACACCUGCACCUCAUAUUGUUGACUCUCACGUGCAGCAAAUGCAGAUUGAACAGCUCAUUGGACAAGGCCAGAUUAAUACAGCUUUUCAGCAGGCCCUCUCUGCCUCAGAUUUAGGGCUAGUAGUCUUCAUCUGUGAAAAAGUAAACCCACAGCAGGUGUUCAACCAAACUCCAUGCCCACUGCAGCAACAUGUGCUGCUUUCACUGAUACAGCAGCUGUCUGCUGACAUGUCAAAUCACACAGAGCUGAAGCACAAAUACCUGGAAGAAGCAGUUAUGAAUUUGGAUGCAACAAAUCCUUUGACAAGAGAACAUAUGCCAGCAGUUCUGACCAACUUGCAACGCCAGCUGACAGCAUACAUUGCAAGCAACCCCAAUAACAAGAUUACACGCAGCAUGAAGAUGCUUAAUAUGGCCACACAGUCUCUGCUCAAUGGUUAGGCAAUUCCCAGGAAUUAACCAACCACACAAAAAUUUUUAAGUUCUGACUAUAGAAGGUCCUCACAAAGAUUCAGAUCCUGUGGUCUGCUUCAAGAGAAAUAAUUUUAUUCAUACAUAAUUCUCAACAUGUUUGGUCUUUCUGAGAUGUUUGGAGUGAAGUUAUGACUAUUAGCUGACUGCUAGUUUUUCUUCUCCUAAAAGUGAAUUCUCUUCAUGAAGUUAUCCAUGACUCAUACACAUAUUGAUAUGUCUUGUGUUGGUAAUUGUAAGGUGAACUAGGAGACAAAAAGUAAAUUUGUCUCUUAUCUUUGAUUUAUGCUCCCAGUUGUGUUUAUUACAAAUGGAAGUACUUUAUGAUACCAUCAGCACAUCUAUUUUAUAUGUUUUAUUUUCUGGUACAUGUUAGAUUGCUGAUCAUCUUCAGAUGGUACAGUACUUAAAAACGUCAAUUUAGUUUAGUAGUUCAGCUGAUAUUGUGUUCUGUCCCACAGAUAGAAUAGCAACAUAAAACUAUCUAUAGAUAACAUGACAAAUGCCAAUAUGAUCAUCAAGAAACUGUAAUACCAAAUAUAAGAGCAACCCCAUAACAAUGACUUCUAUAAGUGGAGUGCCACAUACAAUUAUACAACAUUACAAUACCAACUGGAAGGACAGAACAUACCACGAAUACACAUCACCCCACAUACAGUCAAGAAUUCCAAUAAGGUGACACCUGCAUAUGGUAGCCAGACUCUGAAUUACAAGUACCAUCAUGUUAACAUCCCACGACUACAGGAAACCAUGAACUUCCUAAAAAUUAUAUAGUACACAUAUUUUAACCUAAGCAUAGGUAUAAACAAUCUUGUGUAAUAAGUUCAUAUACAAGUACAUACAGUUAUAGCUACAUAUAUAGCAAUUUUAUAUUGUUUUAUUAAUUUUAUUGUCUAUAUAUUUUAAUAUAUUGUAUGUUUCUAUUUUACUAAUUAACUGAUAACAUCCCAACUGACAACACAUCCAAAACAUGAAUAUAUGAACAAGAGCUCAAGUUCAA